CCGGCCCUUAAAGGAGCCACGCGGCGCCUCGUCCCGUGCCCAGGACCCGGCGGGCCGGCAGCCGUGCUCGGGGACGCCACCUCCAGGAAGCCUACCCGGCCGCAGGGCUCUGCGUCACCCGGACCCCCCGUCUCGCCGCACCCAGAGCCCCGACGGUCCUGCCGACCGGGCCUGGGGUCCCCCGCUCGCCCGCCGCCCUCCGGGGCUGGCGCCGGCUCCCUCCCCCGGCGCCUUUGUGCGCGCGGGGCCGCCCGCGGAGAGCCUGCCCGGCCGGCCGGUGCGAGCGCGGCGACGAGGCGCCUGACCUGCAGCACCCGCGCCCGCCCGCUCCAAGACCCCGGCCGUGGGAGCCCCGAUCUCCACUUGGGAGGAAAUGCAAGCUCAGAGGCGACACGGUUUGCCUCAGGUCACACGUCUCAUGAACUCUGGGGGGGGUCCCCAGAACCCACGGGCGUCUCCGGCGCAGCGCUGGCCUCAGCCCCAUGCCAGGACGGAGGCACGAGACGGGGGACCUGGACCCCCAGAGGCCCUCAACGCUUCCGGUGAAGAGCCCCCCGCGCCCACCCUGACGCCCCCAGUCCAGGCGGUCCAGCGUCCGCCCCCGACGACCGCUGUGGGAGCACACCGGCCUGGCGGCGGACGCCGGGAGCCCAGGGCAGGAGGAAAACAUAGAUUACAAAAGCAGCAGGUGAAGUUCUCCGUCCCUCUUCUGUGCCUCUUCCCAGAGGCAGCUGCUGCUCGGGUUUGUGGCUGCCUUCCCGGUGCUGUUUACCGCUUCACCGCAUAGACAGUCUCCAUGUACGACAGGUAGCUUUAUUUUUUGUGCUUUCAAAUACAUGUGGGUAUCAUAGUGUAACCAUUCUUUUUCAGUUUGCUUUUUUUCACUAUCCAGACUGUUUAUCCUUUAAAACGAAUGUUUUAAAAAAUGAGACAGGAUCUUGCUAUGUUGCCCAGGCUGGUCUCAAACUCCUGGCCUCAAGCAGUCCUCCCGCCUCAGACUCCCGAGUAGCUGGGAUCACAGGCGUGCAGCACGGUGCUGGCCUGGCUGUCCUUUUGAUGCAGAUGAGCUAGUGCUGCCAUUUUACCUGCUUUGCAGGUCUCUGUUGUGUGAAUACACUGUUUAUUUGGCCACUGAUGGCGAUUCAGGUGGCAGUUUUUGCUGCAUGAAGCAGUGCUGUGAUGGAAACUCUAGUUGCUUAUUCCCGGCUUCCUGACCGGCUCCUUCCACACUGCACAAGAGACGGUUAGAAAUGCAGGAUUUCAUACACCACCCCAAGCCUGCUGAGUCAGAACCAGGAGAUGUGUGUGUAUACCCAAUUUUUUAUUUUCCUUUUUGCAUAAUUUUGUUUAAUUUUUAAAAUUAUUAUACAACGAAAUUGAAGUUUUGUUGACAUUUAAACAAUUAUGGCAAAACAUACAUAAGAGUUACCACUGUAACCAUUUUUAAGUCUACACUUCUGUGGCAUUAAGCACAUUCACAGUGUCAUGCAGACACCACCACCAAACGUCUCCAGAACUUUCUCAUCUUCCCAAACUGAAACGCUGCCCCCAUUAAACACUAACUCCCGUCCCCUUCCCAGCCCCCCGCACCCGCCAUUCCCCUUUCUGUCCCUAUGGAUUUGAUGACUCACGGACCUCCAGCAACCACUUACGUGAACCAGACAGGAUCUGUCCUUUGUGUCUGGCUGAUUUCACUGAGCAUAGUGUCCCCAAGGUUCAUCCACGUUGUAAUGUUAGAGUUUCCUUUCUUUUUAAGGCUGAAUCAUAUUCCAUGGUGUGGAUAGACCACAUUUGUCUGUCCAUGCAUCCACCGAUGGACACUUGGGCUGUUUCCAUUUUUUGGCUGUUGGGAAUGAUGCUACAAGGAACACUCGUGUGUACGUAUCCGUUUGAGUCCCUGCGUCCCAGUCUUUCGCGAACAUAGCCAGGAUUGGAACUGCUGGGUGAUGCGGAAACUCCAUGCUUGCCUGUUGUGGAACCACCAAACUGCUCUCCUCCGUGGCUGCACCAUUGUGCGUUCCUGCCAACCAUUUGAGGGCUCCAAUUUCUUGACAUCUUUGCCAAAAUUGAUUUUUUGGGGGUGUCCAGUUCUAUGGAUCUUAGCACACGUGUAGAUCCACGUGCCGUCAUUGUAACCAGGAUACCGGACAGUUCCACCACCACAAAAACCUCUGUAGUCAGUUUCCUUCCACCCCAGUCCCAGCAACUGGUCUGUUCUCAGUCUUGUCGGUUUAGCCUUUUUGAGAACAUCCUAGUCGGCUGGGUGUGGUGGCUCAGGCGUGUAAUCCCAGCACUAUGGGAGGCUGAGGCAGGAGGAUCACUUGAUCCCAGGA